AUGGCCAAUCCUGACACGGAGACCCUAUGCCAGACAAUUUCACUCGCCGAUGUCCAGGCUGUCGAAGAAUGUUUGCAACAGGGAAAUACAGACCCCAAUCAUCGCGACCGCACAGGAAGGACACCACUGCACCUAGCUUGCAUCGCUUCCUCGCCAGCGAUCGUGCAGAGCCUCAUCAAAGCCGGUGCCCACAUCACCCUGCGGACAAAAGAUGGACAAACCUCAUUACACCUGGCUGCUAAGCGGGGAAAUGUUGAAAAGAUUCGAAUUCUUUUGUCUAAGAGUGCUGAAACCAAACGCAAAGCGAACCCAGAGGGUGGUCAUGACACCGGCCCAGGAGAGAAGUUAGACAACGAGCUGGACACGGAUAGACAUGAAGACUCGAUCCAUUUGCUGCGAAUAGAUUCUCCCGACCCUGCACCAGCAGACCUAGACGGAGUCGGCGCGGAUGUUUACGAGCAUCCCGACGUCAUAUCCUGGAAAGACUUCACCACGCCGCUGCAUCUUGCAAUCCUGCACGGGCACGCCGAAGCCGUCGUCGAGCUACUUUCCUUUGGAGCCAAUCCCAAUAAGUCGCUCAGGACAUGGCCUCUGGCGAACAACCUGCUCAUCGCCCAGUUCAGGCCACAGACCGCUAUACUUCCAACGCUCUAUCUGCCCUUGCUUCUCCCCCGCCAAAAGGCCAGAGAGAUAUCGCGGAUCCUACUUGAAGUAAGCGGCAUCUCCAUUGCUCCGGUUGAUACGGCCAGGAAGACGCUACUGCAAUACAUCGUCGCAUCUGGAUACGACGAGCUUUUCGAUGUAUACUCGCAGACCGACGUAAAAGGAUUCAAACUCGCACUGGACUAUAUAUACGUGAAUGCAGCUCUUUUUCCGCGUGUGUAUUCGGCCUUGAAUACGGCUCUCGAUUUGAAAAGCAUCUCCACGGCAAUGAAGCUGCUCGAGGCUGGGGCGAAGCCGUUCAUUGAGUAUGAGGAUUUUGUCGAGAAUGUCGGUUUCGCAAAUCUUCGUGCCCCUAAGCGGCAGGAUCCGUUGUCGAGGUAUUAUCGGUUGGCUAGACAGCCUAUUAUCUCUGCUGUUGAGAAUGAAUUGCCGCGAGUUGCAAUGGAGAUUCUUAGGAGAGGGGCGGAUCCGUGUACUUGGAGAUAUAGGUCAACUUCUCAUGCUCGUGGAUAUUCAGUUCUGGACGCGGUGCGGCAGAAACUUGACAGCUUGAAAGACUUUUUGAAUUCGGUUUCACACCAGCAGGAGCCUCUAAGGCCGUUUGAUGAACACAAGGAAUAUUUCUCAAACCUUACGGAGGGUACAUAUCAAAUGUGGGCUGGGAAGGUGAUCCUGGGCAAAGCACGUAGUUGCUAUGAAGAUAUGCAGAGGUCACACGAAGAAAAGAAGAAAGAAACCAACCAUCCUCAAGGAUAUGAUGUGAAAAGACAAAGUGUCCAGAGUCUGAUUCGGGACUACCAGGUACUGGAAGCAGAACUGCUAGCUCGAGCCGCAAAGUCAUUCAAGGAACUUCAUCCCGAAGCUCCUACGUCGGAUAAAGAGUCACAAGCAAGACCAGAGUUCACAAGCGAUAUAUACAAUAGGCCAGCAUUAUUUCCAUUUGCAUGGCAAGGCGACUCGGAGACUAUCAAGCGUCUGACCCUGGAAAAACAGGACGACAGCGGACUCGAAGUCUCCAAGUGCGACAGACUAGAUUUCUCACCUCUUUCGCUUGCCGCCCUGAAACGCCACUGGGAUGUCGCAAGGCUAAUCGUCCGAAUCCAUCAGGCCAAACCUCCAAAAUCUGUACAGCGUGGAUAUCUUUUCGGGGAUCUAUCGCUCGACAGAGACGCUUUCAAAGCUGUUAACCACAGCGAACUGUGUAUGUCAAUGUCGACCACUGAUCCGGAUUCCGGCCUACAUAUAAAUCUGAUGGAACAUGCGGUCGUUGAGAAUGAUUUGCCCUUGUUGGCAUUUCUUUUGGAGAUAGGGGAACUUACAAGCCCUUAUCACCAUGGUCGACGUCUGGGAACUUUAUGCGCGCGCUAUUUCCUUCUUGCUAUGAAACUGGGCCGCGUAGAGUGUCUUGCUGAGAUUAUCACCAAAACUGGGUUUGGGAUCCCAUUGAGAAAAGACAAGAUCGGGAAAAACGAAAGGCCGCAGAAGGUAUUGCCUUCAGCAGUGAAUCAACCCAAGAGGAGUGAACGGCCGCCCCUUCUAGCAGCGGCGACACAAGGAAAUCUCGCUGCUACGAAAUGGUUCCUGGGUGCAGAUCCGGCUGAAUGUUAUCUUCACUAUGUUUCUACUCAUCAGGAAGAGGAUAGAGUGCAACAGUUUUCCCAGUCUGGAAUCGGCACGAAGGAGGCACUGCAGAGAUGGUUGAGCUGGAGAGUAAUAUCCGAACCGUGCGAGGAAUCAGAGGAUCUAGUCCGAUACCUCAUUCAGCACUUUCCCUCGUAUCUGAACAACAGAUCUACAGAAGGCCACACGCCUCUCGCGCUAGCGUUCUCACUCCAACGAGCCACCUUCGCUCGCAUUCUCAUCGAUGCAGGCGCACACCAAACAGCCCGUGAUCGACUCGGGAAUAACGUCCUGCAUUUGACUUUAGUGUCGCUCGAAUGGGAAACCUGCAAGAAUCUACACCUCCUAACAGAGAUGGUCGGUCUUCUAGAUCGACAAAUCAUUCCAACCCUGGUCAACGAGCGAUGUCAGAGACAUCUCACCCCUCUUACACGAUGGAUGUCCUAUAGCAAAGGGUCUUAUCGGCCACUUCGCUACCCACCCUGGGAUAAUGACCCCGAUCGCGACAACCGGCCCGCCAUUGCGGAAUUCCUCCUCGACCUCGGCGAAUCCAGCAGCCAAAACCAGCUAGAACUGCGCGAUGCGAGGGGUAAUACCCCUGCACAUAUCGCAGUGACGAAACAAUUUCCAGGUUUGUUGAAGGUAAUCCUGGACCGACGUCCAGACAUGUUGCGUUGCGAGAAUUCUUCUGGAAAGACAGUACUUGAAAUGGCACAGGAUGCGUGGGUGGAGUUCGUCCUGAGCGAUGAGGCUCUGCUACUUGAUACUCAAUGGCCUGCACUCAGUAUGGAGCCUGGAAAUAAGGACGACCUGAUCGAUCGUGAUCCACGCUACUUCGUCGGCAGCCCUCCGGAUGUGAGAAAAGCGCCGCAGAUCACGUAUGAGCUCUGUCUUGAGCGGGACAGACUGCAUCCUGGACAACGGAAACUGUUCAGUCGGAAGAUGGCUGGCGACCUCGUCCGCGGGAAAUAUCUUGCAUGGGGGCGUUGUUUGGAGGAUUGGUUGUUUUGUGUUUGA